AUUAACUUAUUAAAUAAAAACGCGCCAGUCCUUUUGAAAGCACUAAUUUUUCUUUUUAUAAUUAUAUAAAAACCUAUAAAGGAGCUUGAAAACAGUACAGUGUAUAACUGAUAUUUGUUCUGAAAUGUUAUGAUUUCAAAUCUUAGUAACAGUAGCAUUAAGAAAACUUAAUUGACCUAUAGUAACGGUGUGUGAAUAAUACAGUAUAUUUUACUAAAUUGUACUUGUAUUAUUUAAAAUUCUUGAAAACAAAACACAAAGCUGUAACGAAUUCAUAUUGCUAAAAUGCGCUGACAAUUUCAAUCAAACCGGAAAACUGAAAUUUAUAUUACCAAAAAACUGUUCGACGUUGUGUAUGACACAUGGUAAAAGUUUCUGCUUUUCGUCUCGUUAACAACUGCUGCUAACAAUUGAAAAUCCAUACGCAAGGAUGGAUGACGAAUAUAAUCCAGCAUUGAAUGCGAUGGAGCACAUUGAUAACUACUACAUGCCGGUUUUCUUGUGUUUUUUUCUGUUGGGCAACAGUCUAUCCGUGUGUGUGCUCUUUUGCACAAAACUACGUUACAAGUCAUCCAGCAUCUACUUGGGUGCACUUGCGAUGAGCGACAUUGGUGUGUUGGUGAUGACAUUUAUGAAAUGGAUAACUAAUUGGAUGGAAAUUACAAUUACUAAGGAAUAUUGUUGGGAAGCGCUAUUGUUUAGUUUAAAUCUUUUAUUUCGUUCUCUGAGUGUGUGGAUUGUAAUAGCCUUUACUGUUCAACGAUAUGUAGUGAUCAAGUGGCCGCUACUUCGUCGGUCUUUGUGCACAGUUAAUCGAGCGAAAAUCAUAGUAAUUGGACUGGCGGGAUUAGCAGUUUUAUACUCUAUCCCAUGGUUUAUUAUACAAAACAUACGGUACACAAAUAUAAAUGCACAUAAGGAAAAAAAAUUUGACUUCUUCAAGAUCUUUGAUAUUAAUGAUACUAUUAUACCAAAUAACUUAUUUGAAAGAAUCCCAUCGUUUGACAUGUUAAACAUAACGUACACAAAUUUAGAUGCAGAUGAGGGAGAAGAAAUUCACAAGUGGAGCCUUGAUAUCAAUGAUACCAUUAUGACGAUUUACUUACCUGAAAACAUCCUAUUGUUUAUUAUAUCAAACAUAACGUUAAACAACACAAAUUUAGAUGCAGAUAAAGAAAAAAAUUUUUUUUACUGGUUGGGGAUUUUUAAUAUCAUUCAUGCUAUUAUAACGUGUUUCUUACCUGCAACAAUGAUAGUAAUUUUUAAUGCUCUAAUAGUAUACAACAUCCGCAAGCAAAAUUGUAUCCGAAGAAACAUGAUUUCAAGUUUCUCUGCUUCCAAUAAGAAUACCCAAAGUUUUGGCAAUGAAGCGUCUCACAUUAAAGUCACAAAAAUGCUUGUUAUUAUUUCAACCUUAUUCAUAUGUUUGAAUGUACCUAUGCACGUCAUUUAUCUUUAUUACAGCAGUGGCAUCUGUGGUACAUAUUGUUACUUACUUCUGUUCAUCAGCCAAUUAUUAUUGCUAGCAAAUUAUGGAAUGGACGUUGUUUUGUAUUGUGCAACUGGGAAGAAUUUUCGCAGAGAAUUGAUCCGCAUGUUUACGAAAUCUUCAGAUACUAGAAGAAACGCAGAUAUGGAGAUGGAAAAUUUUAGGGAUUAGUGCGAUUAUUACUCCAUCAUUCAAUUAUUAUAAGAUAAUUUAUGAUUCAAUUCCAUAAGUUACUGUAUCUGUCAGUAGUUGCAUUUAUACAAAAAGUUUUGGAAUAAAUUUUGUUGUCUAUUGCACAACUUGAAAGAAUUUUCGCAAAGAAUUAAACCAGAUGUUCACGAAACGUUCAGACAUUAGAAGAAACGAAGACAUCAUGAAGAUUAUGGAAAUGGAAAAUUAUGAGAAAUGGUAUAAUUGAUAUCAUGCAAUUAUAAUAAGAUAAUAACUAUUAAAUUGAUGAUAAAAUACGGUAGAAUUAUCGUAUAAUAUUUAACUUUUCAAAGCAAUG